GUUCAGUUUCGAUUCGCAUUCAGAGACAGACGGACGCGCGUCUUUUCGCCUCUUAAAAUUUCAGUUGUUUUGAAUAAGCGCGAAGACUAUAAAAUUUUCAAAAACACUCUCUGCCUUAUAUUCAAAAGGCAACCUACAAAACAGCUAUUUUUUUCGAGUGUUCAGUGUAAAAAGAGAAUCGGUAAAAAAGAAAAAGAAUUGCGAAAAGCGAGAAAAAACAGAAGACGGAAAUGAAGCUAGCAAGUUGUGUGCAUAUCGGAGAAAGUAACGGAAAUUAAAAUUUACAUAUAUGCAAAAGGCGGCAGUGGGCGGCGGUGGCGGUGGGCGGGGCUUGGCUUUUCUUUCUUCUCUCCUUUUUUUGAGCAAUGAAGAUGGAAAUUAAGAUGAAAGUGAACACCAAAGUUACCGAAACAAGACUCAAGUGUCAGAUCUAACUGCAGACCCGUGCGCAAUCCAACCCACCAGCCGACUCAACUCCAAACGGGGUGAACAAAAAAAAAAAAGAAACGGAGAAACUCCCAGGAGCAGUAGUCCAGUUCCAGAUAGGCCAAUCCAAUCGAAUCCAAAACGCAUAGUAGCCCAGCCACAUACAGUCACAUUGAAAAUGCCGUCGCCAGGACACCACACAUCAUUCUGUUGCUCCACGGCAGGAUUUAUCGCUUGCUCAGCAAUCGUUCUGCUCUGCAGUUCCGAGGUCCUGUCCAGUUGGGAAGAGUGGUGGACAUACGAUGGCAUAUCCGGACCAAGCUUCUGGGGCCUUAUCAAUCCGCAGUGGAAUAUGUGCAACAAAGGACGCCGCCAAUCGCCCAUCGAUGUGGUGCCCGACAAGCUGCUCUUUGAUCCUUAUUUGCGACCUCUGCAUAUCGACAAGCACAAGGUUUCCGGGACCCUUCACAACACCGGCCAGUCACUUGUCUUUCGAGUGGACAAGGACACCAAGCAGCAUGUAAACAUUUCCGGUGGUCCUUUGGCCUACCGCUAUCAGUUCGAGGAGAUCUACAUACACUACGGUACAGAGAACGUCCGCGGAUCCGAGCACUUUAUUCAGGGCUACAGCUUUCCCGGAGAGAUUCAAAUCUACGGAUUUAAUAAGGAGCUGUACCACAACAUGUCCGAGGCGCAGCACAAGUCCCAGGGAAUAGUUGGCCUCUCUCUGAUGGUCCAAAUUGGUGAGACACCCAAUCCGGAGCUGCGGAUCAUCACGAGCACCUUCAACAAGGUGUUGUAUAGAGGCUUCUCCACGCCCAUACGACAUAUAUCGGUGAGGUCGUUGCUGCCAAAUACGGAUCACUACAUCACCUACGAGGGCUCCACAACGCAUCCGGGCUGCUGGGAGAGCACUGUCUGGAUCAUAGUUAAUAAGCCCAUCUAUAUCACCAAACAGGAGUUGUACCAACUCCGACGACUGAUGCAAGGCUCCGAGAGUACCCCAAAAGCUCCACUAGGUAAUAAUGCGCGACCAGUGCAAAGUUUACAUCAUAGAACCGUAAGAACGAACAUAGAUUUUAAGCGCAACAAGAAUCAAUAUGCGUGCCCCUCGAUGUACAAGGAUAUGUAUUAUCGGGCGAAUCGAUGGUCACCCGAUACGGGACUUUUGAUACGUUGACAACUGGGCUGGGAUCGCUGCGAAAAGCAAUUAUUAUUAUGGCUAUUAUUAUUAUGUGUGGUAAAUAAUGUUACAGCAAUUACAACUAUAAUGACAACAACUGGUUACAAAAUAAACCAAACAACAAAAAGAAAAAACACAACAAAAACAUCAACAACUGAGGCUGGCAACGAAGCAUUUUGCAUUUUUUAUGUCGCAUUCAAUUUUUAUAUUCAUGUUUACAACACGAACUCAGGAUUCGUUUGGCUUGCAAUUGCAAUUGCAAUAUUCCUACAGCAGCAACAUGGCAAUUUGUAUUAUUUAUUUCAUUAUUAUUAAUAAUACAACAACAGGACAAAUUUAGGUAACAAUUGCAUGCGAAAAGCGGAAAAAUUAAUGCUUAUAGAACGGAGAAUAACAAUAACAAACAAAAAAGCUGACACACAGAUACUAGCAAGAGCAGAAAAAAAAAACCAAAACAAAUCUAUAUAUAAAAAUAUCAAAUAGUAGCUGAAAAUUUGCGUAAAAAUUUCAUUGGAUAUUUUUCAUGGAAGCGAGAGAAUUAAAUACAAUUCGUUUUUGUCUUGGAUUUUUGUAUGCAGAAUACGCGGAAAAAGCACGAGUCUAUCAUACUUUUUAUGCAAGGCUUACAUAUUUUUUUUUGGAAAAUUAAAGCUUGAUAAUUUAAUAAACAAGGUCCCAUUCCGUUGCAUUGUCGAAACAGGAAAUCUGGUCGAUUUAAAGCUUAGAUUUAAUCCGGGCUCAUUUAAAUAUUUCCAAUUCAAUGCAUCCAGUAGAUAGAUUUAUAAUUAUUUGUGAUUUCGAUCCUUUGUGUUAUAUGCCGAUACCGAAAAAACAAAAAACAGUUUAGCAAAAAAGUGAAAUAAUGUUAAAAAUAAGAGAAUUUCCGUAAACUGGAUGGGUGGACAAUAACUAACAAACAAAACGAAACGAAACGAAACGAAAGAUAGAUGAAAUGAGUCACAGAGACAAAAUAUAAACAAAUGGCAACAGAAAAUUAACAAGAAACUAAAUAUUCAUAUAAAUAUACAAUAAAAGUAAAUAUAAAACCAUAUAUAUACAAACAUAUAUAUACACCACACUCUCAUCAGGGGAACUCACAGAUUUCUUAGGGGAUCUUUAGUAUAUUUGGUAAAAUAUUGAAAACCAAACGCAUUUCAAACUUGUUGACAUGUUCUUAAGAUAUUUUCAAUCCCCUAAAGAUUUCCGUGGCACCCCUGUAUAUAUACAUACUAUAUAUAUAUAGAUAUAAAACUGCAGUAACUAAAAUAAAACCAAACUACUAUGCAAUGCAGCCAGGAAGUUGAACAAGAGAUCGGUAAACUAAUAAAUAUAAUUGCUAUAUGUAAACCUCUCAUAAACACACACCAAACACACCUACAAAACCUACAAUAAACGUCUAAAAAAUUGGCUUGGAAAAUAAAGAUGAUCCCAUCUUCAGUUCUAAUAUAAAAUCUAGUCACCAGUCAUGGAGUAUACAAGCUAGCUAAAUGAAUUGGGCCACAAAAACAUAAACUAAAUCUAGAAGGCAAGCAUUAGAGUUAAACUAAAUAACAGAUUGAUUGAUUAACUAGCCAUGUUGCUAACAGAAAUGAAAAACCAAGAAAAUCAAAUUCGAAUUAAUGAGUAAACAAUCUAUAUAUAUAUAUAUAAAUGUAAACGACAUUUUUUUUUUUGAAGAGAAAACAGUGUUGUAAAGUGCUGUAAAGACAAGUAUUAUGGCUAAUGUAGAACUUAAGUUACUGAAUAGCAUUUAGCACUUAGCACCACCUGAGUUUGUAUAAUAUACACGAAUAUAUAGUAUACCAAAACAUAUAUACACAUAUAUAUAUAUAUCAGAUCCGUUCAAUUCCCACAUUCGCAGCUGUCGAGCGACACUUUGUGCAAUUAUUUCUUUGGGCCAACUAACCAACCAACCAAAAACAACCAACUAACUAAGAAACAUACUAACUAGCCGACCAGUUAGGCCCCCCGAUUAUGUGUAGAGCAUUAACUAUUUGUAUAAAAAGCUAAAAACGGAAUCGAAACGAAUUCCUCAACUCGGUAACACUUUGCUACGACUGUAAGUUACUAUUGUGUUGCCAUAUAUAAAAAAAAAUUUAAAAAAUGAGCAGAAACUAUAUAUAAACAUUUAUAUAUAUAUAUAUAUAUAUAUAUAUAUAUAUAAUUAUACAAAUUCUAUAUAUAUGUAACAAAAAAUGAAAGAAUUACUAAGCAUAGAAUGGGCUAGCAGCAAUGACAAAGAAAAAAGAAAAGGUAUUGUUUCCCAAGAAAAACAAAAUUGGAGAAUGCAAAACUAAUAAAUGAAAAGCGAAAGUAUUAUAUGAAAAAACCAAAAAAAACCUCUUUAUAUAUAAAGCUAUAGCAAAGCUAUUUUGGUUUUUUGCUGGGAAAUCUUUUCAGCUGCCAAUAUCCGGAACUCGAAAUAUAAAUGGAAUUUUAAAACAUCAUCACAAAUUCGAUUUGGAGUGAGAGUUGCGGUAAGGACUUACAAGAAGGGACGACUCCAAGGCAAAUUCCUAAUAAUCCAAACUUCCUGUUAACUGAUGACUUUUUGGAAACUCUCAGAAAGUAAUUGGAAGGUUCCUUUGAUAUAAUUGCGGUCACAAGGGCUUACCCUUAAUUGCACUCUUAAGCUAAAGAAGUUACCAGUUUAUAUUAUUUUUCUUUAAAAACUUGUUUGCUAAGUCUAAGGAUUACCGAUAUUUAUGUUUAAAGCGUUAUGUUUAUUUGUUGAAAAUAUUAGUAAAAUAUGUUGUUCUCAGUGUAAUCCCGUUUGGAAUGUCCUUGGACGGCAAAACAAUAAUAAUUAUAGAAGCGAAUGCGUAACGCAGUCAAGUGCUUAGAAAUGG